UCAAAUUAGUCUUCUUUGGUUAAAAAAAUGUGGUUAACUAUUUCAUAUUUCAUAAUUAGUUCCUCUUAUUGCGGUAAAUUUGUCUCCACAGCAUAGCAUAUGAGAAGAAAGAUCGUCCUCGGAAGAUUCUUCUCCAAAACCGAGUCUAAAUCCGACUUUCAAUUAUUCGUUCGGAAAAUUCCUAUUGGAAAGGCUGUUCUGGGAAGAUACGCGAAAAAUUUGUCUCUGAAUAUUCUCCUCAAUCGAAGAGGCAAAAGGUGAGCGCUUAUACAAUAACAAAACAACAAAUAACAAAAUAGAAUAAAAUAGUAAAAUAUUAAAUAUCACACAAUUUAUAAAAACAUGCUGUAUUUUAUGUUAGUAGGUAAUACAUUAGGUGCAGGUACAUUUUGUGAUUGGAUUCUCCAAAUAUUCAUCUGUGCUAUCAUUUUCUUCCAUCAGAUGAUGUUGAGGACCCUAUGUCAGCUUUAAUGGGUAGUGCAGAAAGACAGAGUGAUUAGACAUGGCCGCCUGGUUUGAUAAUUCGCCAUUUUGUAGGAGUCAUUAAUUAAGCAUCAUUCCGGGAGAUUUUUAAGGCGUUCGCGUUCGCGUUCUGGUCACGCUAAAGAACUGUACGAUUGUCGACAAAGUUCUGAAAGUGAUUAACAAACAUCGCAACUUAAGAUUUUAUUUUCGCGUUGAGAUCGAGAUGGAAUCGAUAGUAUCGAGUGGGUUUACUGGUAAAGUUUGGAAAAAGGAUUCGUGUUCAGAUCGUCGUUAUUACAAAUGGGGAAGCCAUUGUGAAAGAUGUGAACCAGAUUCGAUUUUGAACAGCCAUCGCAACUAGUAUGUGUGUUUGGAAUGUAAAAUGUAAUAACGCGAGUUCCGUUAGUUAAAAGUAAAGGAAGUUUGAAGCGCAUUCAUUCCAGCAUACUACCACUUUUGUUCGCGCAGAAAAAUAGGUACGAAUUAUCAUGAAAUUAAGAGAGAGUAAAAAACAAUUAAGCGUCAACUAUAACACUUACCGUCGCGUAAUGUAAACGACAAUCUAAUUAGAGCUGUAUUAUAUUGUUGUGUAAACUGCAGGGGGUAGGUCUCGUUUUCUCGUUUGAAACAAUGUCGAAGAUCCGAGGGAACCACCCUGUAGUGAAAAAUUUAAGUAUUUUCCGGUUUACGCAUUUGGAAUAGUAGUCAAAAUUUUUUCAGGGGCGGCGUAAGAUAAAAGUACGGUCAGAAGAUUUGUAAAGGCGUUAUCGGAUAAAUUAAUUGAUUUUAUUUACUAACAACGCUAUGUGCGAGAUAGCGAAGCGCUGUUUCGAGAACAACGAGAAGAAACAGAUAAAGUAGGUGACUCGUCUAUUAUGCAUUAAUCUCUGUGAUUACACGGACGAUGUCAAGCGGACUCUUGCUGCCAAAAAUAGGAAGUGAAAAUAUAUACCAAUUAACCGGAUGUUAAAUGCUACGUACACUGACGCCCAACGCGUGAGAAUAUCGAAUAUUGACCACCAAAACCAAAUUUCUGUUAAUCUAGAAAACUUGUGUUGGAAGUGGGUAAGGUUCGAACUUUUUCAAAGUAAUGAAUAUCUUCUUGAGGACUUCCAAGUUGGUUUACAUGGCUUAGCUGAAAGCGGGUACAACUAAUCUUUAAACAACGACGUGAUGGCGUCAGUUUAAUUGUAGGAUUUUUAAAAUGAGAGAGACGCCGUGUUACAUUAUGAAAACAUUCUCCUAUCCUUCCACUGUCAUAUCAUUAGAUGCUUGAUUCUUUCUUUGCCUUGCGAAAGGCUAUAAUUGUGAAUUUUUAGCAAUAAUAAACGCGGGUGCCUAAUGAAUUUCUCUAUGAACAAAUAUUUCUUUCAAAAACUGCAAGAAAUUUAGUACCAUUGGCAUUUGAAAUGGCUUAUUGGGGAGAAACUAGGUAUUUUGUUGGUGUAAAUCAGCAGUAGGCGCACUCUACGCACUUACAGCGCGUACUUAUACCUACUCUUAUGCUUCGUGACAUUUUAUGGAUUUAUUUUGCAUUUUGAAGAAAAGAUAAUUCUUUAACAGAAUCAAAUGGGAAAUCGUUUAACCGACACUAUGCCGUCAUUGCAUACAGUUAACGACGAUUGUCUCUUCAAUGGUGUAGCAAUGGUUAUCGAUGGCAAAAGUUUAGGUGAAGGCAUCGAGGAAGACGUGGACGAGGUGAAUAAUUCAAAACUUUUAAACAAUGUCAGAAUUGGGAAGACAGAAGAUGCAACUGUCAUAAAUAAUCAAGUUCACGUUCAAUUAGUGUAUCCCUCGGAGGUGGCGAAGCAGCAAGUAGAAGUUGCGCAUAAUUUCAGCGUUUCAAACGAAGACAUGAAGAUUAUCAACAUUUAUCCGACACUUGCACACAAUGACAUAAAUAUUGAUUGGAGAACGUGUAACUUUCCCGUGCAGUACGCAAUCUCACCGUUCAAUUCUGUAUUCUAUAGUCCCAACGGAUGUUUACCACAAUCCAACUGCAUCACGCUUAACGGUACAAUUUCGAAUGGGACACUCGAUUUUGAGAACACCAGUCGGCAAACUACUACAACCACAAGAGAAGAAAUUACGCCACCGCUUUCAAUACUAAAGACCGAAGAUACCGAAUUACCCCCAGGAUCCUGCGAUGAGGACGUGGUUUUUGUAGAACAAUACCAAAUAAAAAGUCCUAAGAAAUGCAAAACUAAACUUGACCCGGUUUUACCACGAAAAGUUACUCUUCCGGAGAGAAAAAAUCCUGCCCGAAAAACACAAAUGGACAAGGCGUCAAUUAAGCUGGCGCAAAAUUUGUCAAUUCCGCCUUCAGUUUUUAACGCUCGCUCCAGAAGAAAUAGUCGGAGAGCCGUUCCUAUUCGUCAGUCUAACCGAACAACUGGAGCAAUUCUUAAUCCUCCCAGUCCCCUAAGAGAAGACGAUUAUCGCGAAUGGCCCGUUGACGGUUUGCACGAAACGUCUUGGUAUAAUGAAAAAACUUCUACCAUAGAAUACGUUAAUGGUGGAACGAAAAAAGCGAUCAGAGCGACCAAGAGGAGUAAAAAAUUUGUUAGAUAUUCUCAGGACGUAGAGAGGAAACAGCAUAAUAAUCAACUUGGUAUUAUAGCCCAUAAGAAUUUGCAUCUCGUGUUGGACUAUGUAACUGAGGUGAAGCAGUUUCGCACAAUUCUUAAUCAAAAGGACAAUUUAACUGAAGAGGAUAGUGAGAACGAUGCGUUGAGUAAUUUAACAACGCUCCUGUACGAUACAUGUGAUUUAUAUUCUUUACUGAACAAUACUAAUACUAGUUCCCUUGCAAACUACAUACGAUCUCUCUCCAAAAAUUAAGCUAGUGCCUUAUUUUACGAUUAU